GUAAGGAAGUUAGAAAGGACAUACAGGAUAGACCCUUGAGAUAGGAUGCUGAAUAGGCGAGUGUUUUUGUUUUUCUUAUAACAGGGGGCUUGAAGGGGAAAGUCUGUCAAGAUGCCGGAGAGCGGUGGUAUAUCGGAUGGCACCGGGAAGAUCCUGACGCUCGAGGACCUUAUUGCGGCCAUUGACCGGCAUGAGAAGACUCCAAGCAAUGUCCCUAAGAUCGACACUUUUCACUUCAAUGGAGGAAGGGUCUCAGACUGGUUGGAUCGGGUGGAACAGGCAAUGAUGAGACUAUCGGAUGCAGUGAAAUUCCAGCGGAUUAUGAGAUAUGUGCUUUAUGGGCACCAUCAGGAGGUGCAAAGGGUGGUCAGUGACGCCAAUGACGAUUGGGCCAGGUUUAGAGAGGGAAUGCAAAGGAAGUAUAGGCUGGGCGAUGGCCUGCUAACCACUGGGGAACUGGAAGCAAUGAACAAGGAUAACUUCACUACGAUAGAGGCCUUCGUACAAGAAUUUAAGAAGAGGGCAAGGAAGGUCCACGGGAUCUCUGAGGAGACACAAUGUGCCAUCUUUCUGGGACUACUUACUGCGUCGGAGGCCCAGGAGUUGACAGGUCAUGGAGGGGGGAGUACUAAGCUCACCUGGGCCACCAUUGACAAGGGGGUGGAAGAUGGGAGCCUAGACCAGGUGGAGCAACACCAGGUACGGCUGCAAAGACAAAAGAGAAAGGAGAGGGAUGCUACGACAUCUGGGACUCCAGGGGUAAGAAAAAUUAUCACCGACAUACUAACAGAGUUAGGCCCGGUGAUACAGAGAAAGGUGGCCGCGGCAAUUCAGGGAAAGGCCAAAGAGGUCGUGAUAGAAGAAGUUGUCCAGAAAGGGUGGGAAGAAGAGGAGACAGUGCCCCCGCACCUCUCGAAAGUGCAGCGUAAGCAGCGCAAUUUGACGCAAGGAGGGCGGGAGAAUGAGAAGAACGGACUCAUUUCCUCCACCAUGGAUGGAAACAUCUAUGACCAGUUUGGAGAUUAUAUUGACAGAAAGUUUGGCGGAGCGAGAGCGGAGGUCCAACGAAGGGCGGCAGCCGGACCGCCUCCCCCUGCCAUGUUCAGGUUAUGGCAGGACAAGGAAGGACCACUAAUUGGGGUAGAGGAAGUGGGAAGUGAUGAGGAAGUAACUCAGGAGCUACAAAGAGGAGGUAAAAAUGAAGAGCCCAUAAUCAUCGAGUCGGACGACGAGAAUGAGGAAGAACGGGUGGAACCUCCCUCCGUCUUGCUGGGGAAAAUGGAGGACCUGCUGGACAAGAUGGGGAGGUACCAACAGAAGUUGGUGGACCUCUGCGAGGAGGUGAAGAGGUGGAGGUCUAAUAUCCCCAUGGUGUUCCUCUACGACCCCGGUCUGGAGUCAACGCCCAGACAACUCGGAGUAAAUGUGGUAAGGUCGGACCAACAAUCGGGGGUGAUGGGGAGACCCCUCACCCCGCAGGCCCGGGUGACACAGGCAGCGCGAAUGCGAAGUCAGGCCAUGGCCAGUGCAAGUCAGGGACCUCCUCAAAAAGAGCCUGAGCCAGGAAAAAGGAAAGAGGCCGUGGAAGUGGAGGAUGAUGAUGAGGAGGAGGAAGAAGACGAGAGUUUGCGCCAGGAAGAAGACCAGAGGGCGGAGCUGAGGGCGAAGAAGAGGGAAGCCAGGGAAGAGACCGAGUCAGUCCUGCGCGACGUGCUGCCCAGGAAAAAGAAAUACGCGGUCUGGCUGGAAGAAGGGUUUGACGUAGAGAAGGUGAUCGAUAGGUUGUUAGAGGGGCAUAACGACCUCAUGACCUUGAAGGAAAUCUUGGCAUCAGCCCCUAAGCUCCGCGAUGGGUUGAAGGGGAGCUUGUCGCGGCGUCUGGUACCCAACGUCCAUCUGGGUAUGAUCCUGCCUAAGGAGGCAGAGUGGGCAGAGUCGGGAACGAAGAUGGACUGGAAGUGUGUGGCCUGCGGCACGGUGGACUGGGUGGUGAAAGGCUCCAAAUGUACGGCGAUGGUGGACACAGGGGCGAAAAUGAAUAUCAUCCGGGAGACGGAUGCCAUCAAGGUCGGACUGGAUAUAAACCAAUCUGACUGCGGCAUUCUACAUGGGGCAAGCUGCAGGGCCGUGUUCUGUGGGACAGCCUCGAAUGUGUUCAUCGAGGUUGGGAAAGUAAAGGUCAGGGCAUGCUUCUUCGUCAUGCCAGACGUGGAUCACGGGAUUGUUUUGGGGAGGUCCUUUCUGAGCAGGACAGAGACGGUGAUAUUCAAUAAGCAUGAUGGGACCCUGAUUCUUCUUUUGUGUGACCCUGCCUGCGGAAACUAUGAAAUCAUCACCCGCAGGAAUACAGGGCCAAAAAGCAUAAGGAACCGGCCCAAUCCAGGGUCUUUCACCAUCGGGGAGCCAGAAGAGGAAGAGAGGGUUGAAGCAUUCUCCCUCAGCCUGUCGGACGUGGGAAAGGCCAUGGAUUUGGUGGGCGCACAUGAGAUGGCAGAUCCGGAUGCCAUCCAGGCAUUGAGGGAGCAGGACCUCGAGAAAGUCCUAAGCCUGCUCGAGGAGCAUAACCUCACGGCAAGCGGGGUCAAAUCCAGACACUGCAUGAGGGAAGCGACUAUCUUGAGGUCUGACUUUACGAAGACAGCCAUGCCAAGAGGAGGGAAGGGGACAUGGCCGCCACGAAGGCCGUUGGGGGCAUCAGGAGGAUAUGAGCGGCAUGGGCCUCGCCAUCGAGAGAGUACUCCGGUAUACGAUGAUGGGGAUAUCGAGCUAUUCCUGGACAGUUUCUGGGACCAUGUCAGGCGUAUGGGCUGGACCGUGGCCCAGGCGAUUGAGAGAUUGAGGGGAGCCAGCAGGUUCGAGGAGCCCAUUGCCAGGAUCCGUAGGGAGGCAACGACGAGGCAAGAGGUGGAGAUGAAGAUGCAGGAGCUACGACCCUCGCCUUUGGGACCUGAUGGCAGACCGAUUCGCCUAGAGAUCGAAAAUGCGGCGGUCUUUAUCCCCGCCUUCGAGUGGUUUAUGCAGGGACAGGGUACACCGAAAGAUGAUUGGGCGAGGACGCUACCCCUCUGGACCAGAAAGGCAGAGAGACCACUGGCUAGGCAGAUCAGAGAUAUGGCCCGAGAUUGGGAGAGUUGCAGGGCGCACUUGAUGGAGGCCUUUCGGCAGCCAGAGUCGCCUCGGCCCCGAGUUGAGAGGCGCCAGAGGAGCAGGAGGCAGAGGGACCCUGAGCCCAGUGAGGCGAAGCCAUCCCGAGGGGGACAGAAUGCCCUAGCUAGGAGAGAGGAGGAGCAGGAGCCUGAGGAUGAGGAGCGAGGGGCAUAUCCUGAGUAUGGACUGGGACCAGUGGAGUUCUGUCGUUUUAUCGAGGGUGGAUUGAGGAGGUCGCCAGUGCGCAUACAGGAGGAGGCGCCGACAUCUGAGGGGCCAUUGAGGGAGUUGGAGGCGCACCUGGACGUCUCUCGAUGGGGGGCGUCGCCUCGAGGCGAGGAGCGUGGAGGACAGGCAGAGGAGGUACCAUGGUAGGAGGUGCUGCAAAGGAGGUACCACGAGAGGAGGUGCCGCAAGAGGAGGUACCACGAGAAGAG